UCAGUAGACUUUCAAAACAGGGAGCACUGAUUGAAUGCUUCCAUUGAAUGAUGCAAAAUGUUAUCCUUUAAACAAGAAUUCCAGCUAAAGAACUUCAAGUUCAACUACAGACCCGUUAAAGAUUUCGUCACAUCUCCGUGGUUUCCAACACCAGUGCUCAUUAUCUAUCGAUGCGUGUUCGCCAUCUACAGCACAACAUGGAUAACCUACAGACUAUUCGCACACGACCGGUUCCGCAAAGUAGUCACCAUGUUUUACAUGACCAAUUGGUCCUAUUUCACCCUAAUUAAUUACUUUUCCAUAUCGGCCGGCAUCACAAUAAUACACUACAUCAAAAAAAGGCAAGGAAAAGAACAUGUUAUCGUGGAUGACGUCGAAAAAGGUCAACCACGUGACGACGAGACGAGAUGGUACCACAAGAUGCAGUGGUUCUUCUACAGCGUCGCUUCUACCCAGGCAAUAGGAGUCACUUUGUUCUUCUGGUUGUUUGAUUACGAUGGCAUGGGUAUAACUCUUUCAGAUGUCAACGUCCACGUCCUGAAUUCUGUGUUCAUGCUGAUUGAUCACUCCCUAAGCUCCAUGCCCGUGCGUGUGUUACACGUGGUGUACCCCAUGGCAUUCAUUCUUCUUUAUAUGAUAGCUACAGUGCUGUAUUGGGCACUCAUCAGUAAGGAGUACAUAUACAAGAAAAUGGACUACAGCACUAACCCUGGUCUGGCUGUUGGGCUGCUAUUGGCCGCCAUGUUUAUCAUAGCWCCCGUUGUUCAUUCGUUUUAUUAUGCAACUUACCGGUUAAGGGCGUAUUUGGCAGCGAAGUUGACAAAAGAUGACAGCGAAGAGCUUGGCGAAGAAAUGCAGGGAAAGUAACCAUCCCGGGGGAGGGAAGGGGAGGGGGGGAGGAGUAAUUCUCGAGCUAGGAAACCUGGAUCCUAUAGUCUUAGAAAGACGGAGGGUUUAUAAAUGACAUAUGUCGUAUUUCCGAGAAAAGUUGACAAAGAUGACAGCGAGGAGCUUUGCAAAGAAAUGCAGGAAAGUAACCAUUAUCCUUGGGGGGGGGGGGGGGGGAGGAGUAACUUCUGGGACUGCGAAACGUGGACUCUGUAGUCUUAGAAUGACGGAGGGUUUAUGAAUGACAUAUGUCGUAUUUCGAGGGGGUUACAGGUUUGACCCCCUUAAUUAAAAAACUUUUCUCCAUUGCGGGAUUUCUGUCCUUAAACCAUUUUAAUAAGGACAGUCUAUAAACGUCAAGUGAUACAAUCUAUUUAAUAAAUUGCAAAAUAACUCAAUUUUUUACCAUGUAAACAAGAAGGGCGAGGUAUCAAUUUCAAAUAUUGUAAUUUUUUUAGUUUUACUUUUUUGCUAUAACGUUGAUCGGAAAUUUUGGAUUUAUAAUCUAUAUUAUAUUUAAUAUUAAGAUAUUGGACAUGAUGAAAAAGUAUUUUUUGUCAAAUGUCAAAUAAUAUUUUUUUACAUUUUUCUUUCAUUAAUACACAAUGAAGUGGUGGCUAAAAAUUAAGAAUGGGUUGGCAAUAAAAUAAACUUUAUUUGUCUCA